AUGUCAUUUGUCAUAUCUGAUUUAUUACCCGCAGGAUCGCAUUACAGGGGAAUUUCGAAUCCUGUAACAACAUCCAAGAUCACAUACUUUAAAAGGAAAUAUGUGGAAGAAGAGGAUUUUCACCCACCACUCAGCAGCUGUACACAUAAAACAAUUUCUGUGUUUGAGGAGCGAGCUCAUAUUCUUUACAUGUCUUUGGAAAAACUGAAAUUCAUUGAUGAUCCUGAAGUCUACCUGCGGAGAUCCGUCCUCAUCAACAAUCUAAUGAAGAGAAUCCACGGAGAAAUCAUCAUGCAGAACAACUGGUGCUUCUCCACCUGCUCCUUCAGUGGCACCUCCCCACAAGAGUGGUUUGUGCCUCAGGACUGUCCGUACCGAAAACGUCUUCGGAUGGCAAAGGAGGAGUAUGAGAAGCUCCACACGUGCUGCUUCUACCAAGAGUGUGGCAGUCACUAUUUAAACCUACCCUACUCUGUUAAUGCUAGUACAGAAAAUACUUCCUCCUCCUCCUCCUCCUCUCCCCUCAUUUCAUUGCCAAGCUGUUCCCAGCAGGUGGAUUAUGACAUCGGCAGUGCCCCUUCUUACAGGAGCGAUGACCAGAUACCUGCUAAUGAAAUAUUUAUCGCUAAUGCCAGGUCUCACAGUAAUCAGGAAAAGGCAAAAUUUAAUGAUGAGAAAGGAGGUAAUGAACCUGAGCGAGAGAGCAUCGCCCUAAACUGUGAACCUGUAAGAGGCACCCAUGCUCUUGAAUGUAAAGGCAAAUUUUAUGACUAUUUUGAGACUGGAUGUAAUGACAAGAGCAACAUAAAUGAAUCUUGGAAAAAGUCCUUAAGGAAAAAGGAAUCUUUACCAAGUAAUAAAAUGUGCUGCAGCAAAGGAAGUAAAAUAUGAGGCGUCUUUCUUACUCCGUUGAAGCAUGCGCAGCAUGUGCAUUUGUCUAUCAAAUUUUUAUUUUGAAUGGAUUUUUUAUAGUUUUCUACAAAUGACACAAUCAUGCCACAAACAUUACAUGUAGUUUUAAAUGACUGGAGAGCAGAUUGUGUGAAGCGUCUCUAUGAUCUCUAUCAGCGGGCUAUUUAUAAAUACAGAGACUUCAUAAAGAAUGCAGUUGCGUUACUGCUCAGCACUGUAGUCUGUACAGCUAUGGUGUAGAUUUCGUUGCCGAAAAUACCAAUCAGCCAGAUGGGGAAAACAUAUUGUUUUAUAUAUCCCCGCCCCCAACAAGUCUGCCAUUAAUUAAGAAGAACCUCCAUUAUGUUUGCCAAGGAAUUAGAAGUCUGGUAAACAAAUCGAUGCUACCGGCAAGGGUGAUGUGCUCCUUGUAACUCGGUAUUUGUUCUGACAAAGGACUGCCUUCGUGGACUGGGAAUAAACCAUCCUCGCGUUUUGUACUGA